UCCUGCCAGUAUCCAAACCGGUCAGCCUGCGGUCUGAGAACCCGCCUUCUGUUAUCCAGCCUGGUGCCCCGGUGCCCGCUGAUCAGCCUGAUGCCCGGAUGCCUGAUGACCCGCCAGCCUGAUGACCCGAUCCAGCCUGAUGACCCGGUAUUUCGUGAUCCAGCCUGAUGACCCGAUCCAGCCAGAUGACUCGGUGCCCGCUGUCGAGCUUGGUGACUCGGUGCACCGCUGUCGAGCUUGAUGACUCGGUGCCCGCUGUCGUGCCAGAUGACUUGGUGCCCGCUGUCGUGCCAGAUGACUCGGUGCCCGCUGUCGAGCUUGGUGACCCAGUGCCCGCUGUCGAGCUUGGUGAC